CUCGUCUUGGCCGCAGCAUGCUCGCGACCCGCCACAUCUCCGCGCUGCGGGGCACAAUUCGUCGGUCGUUCUCCGUGCUCAACGGCAUGUCGGACGAUCUCUUGAUCAGCAUGAACAUGGGCCACUCGAUCGGUGGCACGUCGCAAGCGAGCUUGGUCGAGAGCCUAGUCAAGGCCGGUGUCCUCACGACGCCGCGUGUGCAAGACGUAUUCCGGAAGCUAGAUCGCGGCGACUUUACGCUGCACCCGUCGCCACCCGAAGACACGUACGCGAACCGACCGCUCAAGAUCGGGACCAUCGCCACGAUUUCGACACCGCAGCAGCACGCGCAGGUCAUUGAGCUGCUCGAGCCGCAUCUCCAGCCAGGCCAUCACGCGAUUGACGUCGGGUGUGGGUCGGGCUACCUCACCGCGGCGAUGGCGCUCCUCGUCGGUGACGCCGGGCGCGUCACGGGCGUCGACAUUGUGCCGUCGCUCCUCGAGCUGUCGCAGCGCAACGUCGCCAAGGCCAAGCUGCAAUCGACGAUUGCGUGGGAAGCGAGCUCGGGCACGUCGUCGAUUUUGGCACCCGGCGUCACGUACGACUGCAUCCACAUUGGCGUUGCUGUUGAGAGCAUGGACCAUGUUGACGCGCUCGCGAGCCAACUCAACCCGAACGGCGGUCUCGUUGUCGCCCUGGGCUACGCUGGUGCUGAGCAAACCCUUUUGAAGGUGUCUAAAUCGGAGGCUGGCGAGAUCACAAAGCGUGCGGUCAUGAGCGUUCUGUGUCAGCCGCUGUUGAACGAGGCCCCCGCCGCGCUGCCACCACCGGAAACUCGCACGGACAAGCUCCGCCGUGUCCAAGCUGAGCUGGAGGCGUGGAAGGAGGCGUUUGAAGCGACGCACCAGCGCGCGCCGACGCGUGAUGACAUGCUCAACGACGCCGUCUCCAAGGAGCUCUUUACGCAGUUUGCCCGUCUUCGCAAAUGAUGAGAGAUGCAGCAAUCCUGUGCUUUUCAAUACAGUGUUUGAAACAGUG